AUGCGACCGCGACAGAUCCUCACCCUCGGGGCGAUUGUGCUCGCGUUUUUCCUGACCUACACAGUGCUGCGACUCGGUGCAUCUCAACAGCCCAAGCUCACACCAGAUCCCCCGGCCUCGAAACCAAACUCUGCAGAUACCCGGCCGGCACACGCACACGAUGGCGACAGCUCCAGCGACACAGCCGCAGACGGUGAUGCGCCGACCCGCAUCAAACACAAGCCAGCCCCCGGCGGCUCACACCCCAUGUGGCAUCUCAUCAAGGAUGCUGAGACGAAGCUCGAGGAAACAAAGGUGCGACAGUCGAAGUCCUUGCAGGAGGCCGUGACCGAAUACCGCAGGCGGUAUGGCAUCCCGCCCCCGCCCAACUUCGACAAGUGGUACGAGUUCGCUACAAGCAAAGGUGUACAACUCAUCGACGAAUUCGACACGAUCCACGAGCUGAUAACCCCCUUUUGGGGACUCAAGCCGUCUACAAUACGCAGCCGCGCCUCAGAAGCACUCGGGUUCGCAAAUGCGUUGCUGGGCGUGCAGAUCCGCCAUGGCAAGAUCACCAACCUAGAGGGCGGGGGAGAUUGGCAGCGCGACGCUACCGAAGGCAUGAUGCGGCCAUUCAUAGAACAUCUUCCCAACAUGGACUUGUGCUUCAACAUCCACGACGAGCCACGGGUGGUCGUGCCGCAUGACGACAUGGUGCGGCUCGUGGACGUGGCCAAGAACAAGAACAUGAAGGCUGCCAACGCCGUCGCACACCCGCGGAACGAGUUCACCAAGAAGCCCAAGGGCCUCAACGAAGGGUCGCACUUCACCGAGACGAAGCUCACACGCUUCAACGUGUUCGCCCACCAGCCGACCUGGACCCACUCGCGCAUGUCGUGCCCGCCCGACAGCCCUGCCCGCGCGAUCGAGGAGUCGGAGCGGAUCGACGACGUCGAGAAGUACGGACUGGGCGAGCUGGGAUUCGUGUACAACGAGACGGCCAUGGCAGACAUAUGUUACUCUCCCUCGCUAAGUGAGACAUAUGGGUUCUUCGACCGGCCGAAUGCAUACAACAUCGUGCACGAUCUGUUCCCUAUCUUUUCGCAGUCCAAGAUCUCAUCGUACAAUGAUAUUAUAUACCCUUCUCCAUGGUACUGGUACGAGAAGGUGAGCUACGAUGAGAAGAAGGAUCAGCCCUGGGACACGAAGAAUGAUCAGCUGUACUGGCGCGGGUCGACCACUGGCGGGUUCUCUCGGAACGGUGGGUGGAGGCGACAGCACCGGCAACGGUUCGUGCAGAAAAUCAAUGCCGCGGAUCAAGCCAAAAUCCUCGCCAACCGCGGCGACGAGUCCCACCCCAAAUGGGAUGUCAAGGAAGUGCCGAGGGGAGACUACAAGGACAUCAUUAGCGUGCAGUUCUCGCACGUAGGGCAGUGCGACCCGGGUGACUGUGACGCGCAGAAGGAGUUCUUCCAGGUGACAAGCCGAGUCGAGCAGCAGGACGCCUGGCAGUACAAGUACCUCCUGGACAUUGACGGAAACGCCUUCUCGGGGCGGUUCUACGCCUUCCUGAGGAGCAGGAGUCUCAUCUACAAGUUCUCGAUAUUCAGGGAGUGGCACUACGAGUGGCUCAAGGGGUGGGCACACUACAUCCCGCUGAGCUUGCAGGGCGAUGAAUGGCUCGAGUCCGUGCGUUUCUUCGGCGACGGGGACCUGGGCAAGAAGGAGGCAGAGAGGAUUGCGCUGCAGGGACGGGACUGGGCGAACAAGGUGCUGAGGAAAGAAGACAUGGAAGUCUGGUUCUUCAGGUUACUGCUGGAGUACGGCCGAGUCAUCGACGACGACCGCGAGAAUAUUGGGUUCUCUUUUGGUGCGCCGCCCGCAACGGGGUAG